GUCUCCCUGUUGUCCAACGGUGGUUAUGGAGAUGUAGGAGGAUAAGGAUACUGCUGGAGUUAGCAUCCUGCUAGCUGAGAUGCCACAGAAGCUGAGCUUCGCGGUGCUCAGCGCGUCCAGCCACGAGGACGGCUUCAGCGCACGCGAGCUGCUCGUGCACGCACCCACAGUCAGCGGCUGGCGCUCCGCCAGGUUCUGCUCGUACCCCCAGGAAAUCACCCUGCAGCUAGCAGGACGGAGCCACAUCCGGAAGCUCCAGCUGCUCGCCCACCCCUACAUGAUUUCGGGCAAAAUUGAGUUCCACGUCGCCGACAGCCUGUCAGAGACACCUGAUGUCAAUUCCUCGGGGUGGUUCCGGCGGCUUGGAUAUGUGUCACUGUCGGAAAACGAGAAAACGGGGUUUAAGGCGCGGGAGCUGAAGUCCGUUCAUGUGGACGUUGUGGGAACGCACUUGAGACUCACGUUCCACAAGAACUACACCAACCGCUAUAACCUGUUCAACCAGGUUGCUUUAGUUGCAAUAAAUGUUCUGGGGGAUCCUGUUGAUGGCAGAGCGAUGGACUUGACCGCCAGCGGAGAUGAGCUGAUCGAGCACAAUCUCAGCCUGUCGUUGGAGGGCCCAUCUGUAGGGCAACACACCCCCAUCUCCCCUCUAGACGACCUGGCGUUCGACAUGUACCAGGACCCUGAGGUGGCACACAUCAUCCGCCGCCUCCACCACAAGAAGCAGGAGUGUGUGCGCCAGGAGAGAUACGACCUCGCCAAGACACUCAAGCAGGCCAUGGCGGACCUGCAAAAGGUGGGGGAGCUGCUGGGUCGCCUCGACGUGGAGAAACGCUACGCCAUCGAGAAGGAGGACUAUGACACGGCCAGGGAGAAGAAGGAGCACAUAGAGGAGUACCGUCUCAAGGUGUACCAACAGCUCGAGCUGCACGACCUGCUUGACACGACACAGAUCCGUAAGGUGGCUGAUGUUCACUACGAGGACUCGGGAGUCCCCCGCCUCUCACCGCGGGACAAACGGGCAGCGCCUACCCCUCAAAUCCAGGAGGGGACCACCCAGGUUGAGCCCACGGGGCCAGAACAGGCCGCUGCGAGCCCCCCAGCCUCCCGACGGACACAGACCCCCCCAACACUGUUUCCGGCUCAGCAGAAAACUCCACAGGUCUGCAGCCUGCCCUUCGACGAGAGGCCCUUGCCUACGUUGCUCAAGCAGCCCCCGGAAGAGGAACAGCGGCGAUGGAUGCAGGCCGCGGAGCCCCUGUCCUCAGAUGACCUCUCCGGCAGCCCGGCCGUCGUCGGGGAUGCCGAGCCCCUGACGGAGAAGGCCCAGCGGGAAGCAAGCCUCCCUAUCGAGGUGUACGGGGAUGGCCUGGUGGCUAAGGCAUACUCCAAGUCCUGGAUACACCGGGAGGACGCUCUUGUGUCCAUUGCCAGAAAGUUGACGGAGGUGACAGUGGGGACCCCCCGGGAGGAGCUCAAGGCCAUGGAGCGGGCAGCGGUGUUCGUAGUCAAGAAGGCCCUCAUGGACCCUGUGAUGUCUGUGCUGCAGGCAUCACUGAAGCUGCUGAAGACCAUCCUGACCCAUUUCGUACCCAGGCACAAGCUGGGCAAGGCGGAAGUGGCUCACUGCGUGGAACAGACCUUGGCCGUCCUCCUGGCCCGAACCGGCGACUCCUCCAGCAGGGCUCGAGCCACGGCCACGAGCUUCAUCCAGGAAAUGGCCCUGUUCAAGGAGGUGCGGUCCCUGCAGGCAGUUCCUGCGGAGCUGCUGAAGCCCCUCCCACCCGGGAUGCCGGCCCGCCCUGCGCUGAGCCGUGCCCAGCUGCUGGAGCGACUGCUGCCCGAGUUGGGCACAGGCGGCUCGGGGUUUGCCCUGGAUGGCAUCAUGAGGUUCUGCACGGGUGCGUUAGAACACAGCGCCUGCGAGGUGCGCGAAUCGGCCGUGAGGCUCAUCCUGGCCGUGUACCAGCAGCACCGACAUGCCACCCUGGCGUUCCUUCCGCCGGACGACAGCAUCACACGCAAGAACAUGGUUUACAGGAAGAUUUUCGACGGCUUCGCCAAGAUUGACGGGCGACCCAGCGAGCUCCACAUCACCGGCCUGAAGAGGAACGACACACAGAAAGAGGAGAAAGAGAAGAAGGAGGAAAUUCGGAGCCUUCAGGAGCAGCUGGCAGCGCUGAGAGAGAUCAGUGAGAAGGAAAACGCGAAAGAGAACACCAAGAAAAAGGAGGAGCAGCUUUCUAAGCCCACGAAAGCAGACGUGGCAAGAGGCGCCUCCACCGCCAGGCCUUCACACGCAGCCAGCGAAAAAUCCUCAGUGGCCAAUUACCUAGACAGUCUCUGCAUCUUCUGUGGCGAGAGGGACGACUCUUUCACGGACGAGGGGCUCGACCUGCACUACUGGAAGCACUGUCCCAUGCUGUUGCGCUGUGACCACUGUAAACAGGUGGUGGAGAUCUGCAGCUUGACGGAGCACCGGCUGGCAGAGUGCGAGAGCAGAGCCACCUUCGCCCCGUGUCGCCGCUGCGGGGAGGCCAUCCCCAGGGAUGCUCUGUCCAGACACACGCAGGGUCUGGCGUGCCAGCCUCACGGGUCCGAGGAGAAGGCCAACCAUUGUCCUUUGUGCCACGAGAACUUCACAGCGGGAGAGGAGGCCUGGAAGUCUCACCUCAUGGGCAGGGAUGGCUGUAAACAGAACCCGCGCAGGACGACGGCCCCGCAGCGAGCAAAGCUCUCACAAGGUAAGACCAUGAGCAUGAAGGCUGCAAAGCAAGUGCCCUUGGGGUCCAGAAGCCGACCUGCGGCUGCUGUUGGCAAGACUGCUGCACCCAAGGCUGGACUCAACAGAACCACCCGGCAGCCACCUGCUAGACGCUGAGAACAGCGGCAGCAGCAACUCAACAAGAGGCGCCUCCCUCCACGGUGGGGAUGGUCAUGUCCAAAACGCGAGCCCUUCAUGGUGGGAACGGUCACGUUGGCUCGUUACUAAUAGGCUCCUCCCAUUCGUUGAUGAGCUGUGAUUCGUUGAUCCCCAUCGGGGAGCCUUAUGGGGUUGUUCACUUUGCAGCCUAGGGUCUCUUGUACUGUAGUCAAGAAUUGCAUUUUUGUACGUUUUGUAUCCAUGAAUUAGGUCCAUUUAACCGUAUUGCCUUUAACUCGACAGAAAUACAGAUGGCAUCUGAGCACCAGAUACAUAGAUGUAGAUAUAUAUAUAUAAAUGUAGAUAGAGACAUUAAUACCAAAGUAAAUUGCACAAGAAGGUUGGAUUAUUAUUCCUUCACUGUUUUGCUUUGAGGAGUCAGAGCUGUAACACGUGGUCAGUUUUACUGUUAUUUCGUCAAUAAUUCAGAAAUGGGAAACACAUUUUUAAGCUCUUUCUUUCUGAAGUAUCUGAUAGCUCACUUCAGCACUCUGAAUCGUGAACAAUUUAAUUGUACUCUUUACCGUAUAUGAACUUUUCCUUUGCACUUGUAACGGAAGUUGAAACUUCUUCGUGAUCCGGUGUUGAAUUUCUGAUUUUUCAAAGAAAUACAAUCCACAGCACAGUAUUAGAAAGAGUAUUGUUUACAUUUAAGGUAUAUAAUAAAUGUGAUGAUGUACAUGGAUGCGUUAAACUCAGAUCAUAAUUUCUUAAUAUAGGCAUCAUUGAAACUGGUGGUUUGUAGAAAAAUAGUGUGUGCCUUUCAUGUCCUUUAAUUCGGCUGUAUUGAAGUAUAAUUAAAGUGAUGUUUUUUAAAGAUUUUUUUCCCUCAAAAUCAGAAUACAAUGUGAUACAUACAAAUAUGGGUGUGUGUAAAUCUAGAGCAUCUUACUUUAAAAAGCACAAAGAAAUGGUAAGUGCAAAAAUUAAACUUGUAUCAUUAUCGGAUCCUUUUUCAAUGUUGACAUAUGUCUGAAAAGAAGAAAUGUACUUUUAUUUUGUCCAGUGGAGAGACGUAUUGUGCUGGUAUUUAAACUGAUGUAAAAUGCAAUGUGUAAAAAGAUGUAACAAGGUUUUCAAACUACAAAGAUGAAGUGUUUUCUGCA